CUUCGACCUUCUAGCAAGUCACUGCAUCCGCGAACCUCAAUCGGGGCAUCGAUACCGCCUCCAACAUGGCCAGCAACACCACCUUACGGACGUUUCGAUCGCUCACAUGCACAAUUCGCGCAUCAUGUCAACACACGCAGCCUCUGCGACCCUUCUCCCACAGCACACAAGCCCUCAAUGCGUCUCCCACCGACCGCAAUAAGCCCUCUUUGUCAAUGGACAGUCUCCUCGGCAAUGUGUCACGCAACUUCAAGAACGCAGGUCCUGACCACUUUGGGAACAUAAUACCCAACGCCGACGGGACCCCGGGCUUCAAGAAUCUUGCACCACGCGAGUGGGAAGAGGACGACAAGCACAAAUUACACGUUUACGCUACCAAGCACAACACACAUCUGUGUCUCACACAGCCAAAUCGCAAUCCCCUCAUCUCGGUAUCGUGUGGAAACAUUGGUUUCCGGAAAGCGGGGCGCGGGUCAUACGAUGCUGCCUACCAACUCGCAGCUUUCCUCAUGAACCGGAUCCAGGACAAGGGCUUGCUGCCACAGAUUCAGAAGCUGGAGUUGAUAUACAGAGGAUUUGGGCCAGGCAGGGAGGCAGUCACAAAGGCGAUACUGGGUUCCGAGGGAAAGAGGAUACGGCCGUUGAUUGUCAAACUAGCCGACUCUACGAGACUCAAGUUUGGUGGUGUGAGGAGCAAGAAGCCAAGGAGAUUGGGUUAGAGUGUGAGAAAGCAGCAGUGUACGAUGAUAGUAGGGCAUCACUAGGCGUCUAUGGGUAUGGGCCCUCACUUGACGGCAUGCAUCACAAAGAGCAGUGUAUAGUGGCCAAGGGCAAAUUAGACCAAUUCGAGAGUCAUGUCAGAUUUUUCGGCAAUGGUGCCCUUUCAGCGGGUGGAAUAGGCCG